AUGUCUGAGCCUUCCAAGAUCAACGGUAACUACAACUCGGUCGCUGGUACCGUCAAGGAGACCAUCGGUGACGCUCUCGGAUCCGCCGAGUGGCAGAAGGCCGGCAAGGAGCAGCACGCCGAGGGCGAGAGCGAGAUCAAGGCCGCCCAGGCCAAGGCUUACGCCGAGGGCACCAAGGACCAGGUCUCGGGCAAGAUCGACAACGUUGUCGGCGCCGUCACUGGUGACAAGUCCAAGGAGAUGUCCGGCAAGGCCCAGCAGGAGUCUGGCAAGGCCCAGAAGGAGCUCGCCUAA